AUGGCGACCCUGGCCCCACCCUUCUUCCUGCUGUUUUGGCUCUUCCGAUUGGCCAGCGCUGCAUUUCCGGAGGAACCGGGGCCUCUGAACUUUAUACCCACUGAAGUGGUACGACGGUACCCAGUGUUUCUGGGUCGGCCACAUCGUUCAUCCCUGAGACAGGAGACACUGCAUAUUCAGAGAGUUCUCAAGGUGAACCGGACCCUCUACAUUGGAGCCAGAGAUGACCUUUUCCGCGUGGAGCUGGACAAUGUGGCGGGAGAGGAGAUGUUCUACAGUAAGAAGAGAACAUGGGAGUCCAACAAAAACGACAUCAGGACCUGCAGGAUGAAGGGCAAGCACGAGGACGAGUGUCGGAACUUCAUGAAGGUUUUGCAGAGUCGACAAGGAGGUCUGUUUGUCUGUGGGACCAACGCCUUCAAUCCGCUGUGUGCCAACUAUACUGGAGACACACUGGAGAUGGUGGGAGAGACGGUCAGUGGCAUGGCCCGCUGCCCCUAUGACCCUAAACACGCCAACGUGGCUCUGUUCGCCGAGGGGAAUCUGUUUACGGCCACUGUGACGGACUUCCUGGCGAUAGAUGCAGUGAUCUACCGUAGCCUGGGGGACAGUCCUGCACUCCGCACUGUCAAACAUGACUCAAAAUGGUUCAGAGAGCCCUACUUUGUCAGUUCAGUGGAAUGGGGUCCUCACAUCUACUUCUUCUUCAGAGAGAUGGCCGUGGAGUUUAACUACCUGGAGAAGGUACAGGUGUCUCGGGUGGCGCGGGUGUGUAAGACGGACCUGGGGGGCUCUCAGAGGGUGUUGGAGAAGCAGUGGACGUCGUUCCUGAAGGCCAGACUGAACUGCUCCGUCCCUGGAGACUCCCACUUCUACUUCAACCUGCUCCAUUCCACCAGCCCUGUCAUCAGGAUGCACGGCAGGGACAUCAUCCUGGGAGUCUUCUCCACCCCCGCUAACAGUAUCCCUGGUUCAGCAGUGUGUGCCUUCGACAUGGAGCAGCUGGCUGGGGUGUUUGAUGGAAGAUUCAAGGAGCAAAAGUCACCUGAGUCUAUAUGGACCCCUGUUCCUGAUGAGCUCAUUCCCAAACCAAGGCCAGGAGGCUGUGCCAUCCAGGGCUCCAGGUUCAACUCAUCCAAUGGUUUCCCUGAUGAGAUGUUGAACUUUGUGAAGACCCACCCCUUGAUGGAUGAGGCUGUGCCCUCACUGGGACAGAGCCCCUGGAUUGUCAGGACCAUGGUCAGGUACCAGCUGAAUAAGAUGGUGAUGGACACAGAGGCUGGCCCCUACCGGAACCGAACGGUGCUCUUCCUGGGCUCCAGCCGGGGGACCAUCCUCAAGUUCCUGAUCGUCCCCAACUGGGACAACACUGUGUCCAGCAGCAAUGUCUUCCUGGAGGAGCUGGAGGGCUUCAACCCUGACAAGUGUGGGGAGGACACUCCGCAGGGGAGGCAUCUGUUGUCCCUGACUCUGGACCGGGUGAGCCGCUCUCUGCUGCUGGCCUUCCCCUCUUGUGUGGUCAGGGUCCCUGUGGCACGAUGCCAGCUCUACUCACGCUGUAUGAAGAACUGCAUCGCCUCCAGGGACCCCUACUGUGGUUGGACCAGGGGAAGCACCUGCUCUUUCCUCAGGCCCGGGACUAGACUGCCGUUUGAGCAAGACGUAGAACACGGCAACGUGUCCCACUUGGGCGACUGUGACGGUCUUCUUCAGGAGUCUUUCAUUGACGAACCAGACGGUCUGGUAUCCGUCAACCUGCUGGUCGUGUCUGCAGUCUCAGCCUUCGCCACGGGGGCGGUGCUGUCUGGCCUGGCUGUCUGCUGGAUCAUGAGUCAUCGCCACCGCCACCGCACGCGAGGGGCAGGAGCCAACAAUAGGAGCCGUAAAGGGGACAAAGAGCAGAACAUGCUAGGUCAGGGGCGGAGUGGCUCGGUGAUGAGUGUGACCCGUACCAGUGGCAGCGAGAGGACCCGGUCACAUUCCCAGGCAGACAACCCGUUCGUAACGCCCAACGGCUGGCCUAAAGGAGAGAUAGACCCAGGCCUACCUACUCCAGAACAGACCCCCCUGCAGCAGAAACGGCCUCCACCCAGCAUGAGGCUCCCAGACGGAGACUGGGACCAGAGCCAGACCUUCCUCACCUCAGUGGGCAUGCCCUGCCCAGCCAACUCAGUCAUCUACCUGAGCUCCAAGUUCCUGCAGGAGAGAGGGGGCAGGCACGAAGACCCAGGGAACGUGGGGCCCCCCAACACGGAGCGAACACGUUACCUGGUCCUGGCCAACCACCGGGAGCCCCACGGAGGACAACCCAGGACCACCCUGAGGAACUCUGCAGGCGAGUACAACUAUCCAGCCACACCGCAGGACUCCCCAGACCGCAGGAGGGUGGUCUCAGCCCCCAGCAACCAGAUGGACUUUGGGGAGCCCCCCCGCUGGACCCAUGAGGGGCUCAACUAUAACAGCAACAACGGACUGCCCUACCACUCCCAGCGCCCGGGCCUGAUCCGGGCCAACCACCACGGCCUGGCCGACUUCAAUCACCUGAUGGGAAAGAGUGUGGGCGAGCAUACCCAUAGUGGCCAGUGA